AUGGCAUCAGCAGCGGAGAUUGCUCUAAUCGUAGAGCAGAUGCAGCACAACCUCGAGGCUUCCCUGACCAGUCAGAUCAAUGCCUCUGUGGGCACAGCAGUUGGGACAGCACUACUUCCUAUCAAUCAACGUCUCGACCAGCAAGACGACGCCAUAAGGAGUUUGCAGAGGCAGAUGGCCAACCAGUCGGUCGCCCCGUCAACAGCGAGUUCGGCGGCAACCACAGCUACCAUGGGAAGCAAGCGGCGCAGGUUGGAUGCCGCAGGCCCCGUAGGCAGUGACUCCACCAAGGUCUUCAUGGGCAUUUUGCCAAGGCCCGUCCUGGGCAGAGUUAUGAAGGACUGCUACGAUCAGCUCAAGGCCAUCUAUGCGGAGACCUUGGCAGAUGUGACGACGCAGAUUCACGAGACAGGGCAGACCUACCCCAUCCAGUUCAAGAGCGCCGACCAGGCGAGGCGCUUCCGGCUCCAGUACGCGCAGAACGGUUCCAAAUGGCUCAACAACCGCGACGGCAAGCACACGGAGAUUCGAGCACGCGGAGAUCUCCCACCCGACGUUAGGGCACGCAAGAGGAUUUUUGCCACCAUCUACCCGCAUAUUGAGGCGAUGUGCAAGGGCUUGGCCAACUGGAACGAGAACUUCUACAUCCGAGACAUCUGGCCGAUCAUUCAGUUGAUCUACAACAACGACGACGACUUCCACUUCGAGGCUAACGAGAGCGAGGUGCGCCAGCGGGGCCUGGACAUCACA